AUGAAUCCCUACGUCAUCUCUGUGAUGUCAGUGGAGCCGAAGGGAGGAGGAUCCACGCACUUGCCAAGAAGCCGGUCAUCCGUCGGGGCUGCACGCGGGCCUAAGCUGGACACAAGAGGCUCCCCAGCAGAGAGGGUCUUUCAGCAAAAGAAAGGGGCUCUGUCCCCCGGCGCCGGGAAUCCCUCCUCUGGCACUGAGCUCCACUCGCGCCCGGCGUCCCGAUUCCGUUGUAAACAGCUGUUCGGGCCGGCGAGGGAGUGGCAGGGCCGCGAGCAGCGGAGGACGCGGGCGCGCCGGGAGGGCGGCCUCAAGGCGUGGGCCCCACCCGCCCGCGGACCCCGCCUCUUCCUCGCCUGCCCCCGACAUCCCCGGACGGGAUCCGACGGGAAGAGGCAAAGAGAUGCCGGCGACUUGGGCCGCGCGCCUCCCGAGCGGGCCCCGUCAGCCUCCGCCCGCGCUCCCGCUCCCGCUCUCCUCACCUGCCGUGGAGUCGAUGUUCUCCCUCCCGCCGCGAAUCAGGUGCGGGCUGGCGCUACGGCGGAGGCCGGAGCGACGCGCGGCAGACUGGGGCGGUUCAGCCUCUGCCCCUCCGAGGCCGCAUCCCUCGCCACGCGGCGGGCGGUUCUCCCAGCCCGGCUCCGGUGGCCAGCGGUCAAAGAGGCCGCUUCUCAGUAUCGAGAAGGAGGAGACUGCGCUUGGCCGGGAGGCGCCAGCCCAAUAAAGGGCAGCGCCAUGUCUUCGUACGGAAAGGCGAGCGGCUUUUUCUCGUGCUUGCCGAAGGGGCUCCGUAAGCGGUGACUGGCAGGUCCCUUUGAGGAAUCUUGAGACCAGACAGCUCAACGUUUUAACAAAGACAAGAAGCUAAAGCACAAUCAUUGUCUUCACUUAAUGUGGAAGUUACAUGUGAAACAAAAAUAAAUAUCAAAAAU